GUGCCUUCUGUGUUUCUUGUUGGACCCUUCUCACUCUCUGGCAUUGAAUCUGUCAUUUCCUGUCAUUUCAUAAAGCUCAGAGAUGUUCUCCAUCCCCCCCAACAUUGCUGUAUUUCCCAUCAUGAGUGUCAGUACUAAAGAGUGUCUGGUUGUCCACUACUGGUCCUCAGCACCACUGGUCCUUCUGCUCCUCUGUUCUGGUUGUUUUGCAGACAGCAGGGUGAGAAAUUCUGGUAACAUCACAGCAAAGAUUGGUCAUCCUGUGACUCUGUCCUGUGAGCCGUCUGGAGAGGGGAAUGUGUCCCAGGUUGAGUGGAGGAUUGGAGGGUGUGAUGGCCGUAGGAUUCUGGUUUCUAACACAAACAACCCAGUUGUCGUGGAGCAGGACUAUAUCGACCGUGUCUCUGCUGUGACGAUGCGUGGAUUCACGUUACUAGGGACACAGAGGAAUGACGCUGGGCCGUACUGCUGUUCUCUCACAACCUUCCCACUUGGGUCUCUGAAAUUUCACCUUUUCCUGUAUCUGAGUGAGGACCCACAAACAGCCUUCAGUGAAUCUCCUCUCAUAAUGAUUGUGUCCAUUGCGAGUGGGAUUCUGGGAGUGCUGGUGCUGGGAGGGACCAUAACAGCACUGUUGCUCUGUCAGAGGUGUAGAAGACCAGUGCAGGACCCUGUGCAUGUGGCAGUUCAUCCAGGGGGGCUUCCACAAAACCCCCCCUCCAUCCUCCAGAAAAACCAGGCCCAUGCUCCCCCACCACAGAGGAGUAACAGUGAGGAGGAGGAGGAGGAGGAGGAGAACGGGGAAAUGGAUUACUUGAACAUUACAGUGCUUCGCCUCCCCAGAAUUCCACCUACUGCCUUCUCUGCCUUGAGGAAGAGCUAGAGAAUACUGCACUCUCAUACAAACAAAA